GGAAUGUAAAGUGGAACCGCGAUGCGUUUUUUCGGAGCGGGAAAAGUCAGCAGCGCUCCCUUCUUUUGCGCGCGCUCUUGUGCGCGAAUACGCAAGAACACGAGAUCGGCCCUUUCGAGGAGGGCUUUGCUGGUCGCCUCCGCGUGUCUGCUGUACUUGUUUUCUGUUGUUUUCCACGCGGGACGCGUUCUGCCCCGGGACAACAAGUCCAGCGGCACCGGCGGCGGGUUCAAGAGUCCCGGGCUGCACGAGGACCCGCGGCACGGCCCUCCCGCGGCGCACAUUGGACAUGAUUCGGCGCAAAGAGGGUCUUUAAGAGCCUCGAGCAAGUACAACGUGGUCUACAUCACGCUCAGGUCCAAGCGGCAGAAGCCCGCAAUAAUGCGGGGAACCGUGAGACCCAAAUCUAGGAAGAAACCCGUGGCGCGCAAAAACGCGCGUAUUGGCGGGAAUGCGACACAUGGCAUUGAGCAAAUGGAAACAGAGGAGUGGAGACAGAUAACUGCGUUUUAUAAGGAGACAGGCCGGAUAUGGGGCAGAGAUACGGAGCAGAGCUGGACGGUUAGUCCAAAGGGGCGAGGUGGCGCCGCUGGCAGUUAUAGCGCCAUUAGGAUUUACAGCCCGGAGGCCCCGCCGUGGUUGAGCGCGGCGGAUGUGGAGGCGCUGCGCUUCCUGGCCGACUGCUCCAUCGCCGCUGUCAGACACGUGUCCGCCUCCCCGAACCGCCGUUUACUGCUCUUUGAGAGCGUGACAGCUGAGGCCCGAAAGGCCCGAGGUGAAAGCGGCCCGAUUGCGGGCGAUCGCACGUGUCCGGGACGCUGCGGCAUCAUCAAAAGGCACGUGGACACGAGCGAAGUGUUCGCCUUUCAUUUGGACAGGAUCCUGGGGCUCAACAGGAGCCUCCCAGCAGUCUGCAGGAAAUUCACCUUCCUCAGAGAUAGCCAGCCCAACCCAGCAGUUCUGUGGGACUCGUCCUUGGCUUCAGCUGACAGCAACCUUCAGUCCUCCAUCCAGUUGACCUGGGGCUCCUACCAGCGCUCACUCAAACACAAGUGUUGGCACAAAGGAGUCGCUCCCAGGCCAGAAUGGGGGUGCUCCAGUAUUCACCACUAUGAGUGGAGCAAGCUUGCGCUCUUUGACUUCCUGCUGCAGGUCUAUAAUCGGCUGGACAGAAACUGCUGCGGGUUCAAGCCCCGAAAAGAGGAUAUCUGUGUGAAACUGGGACAACACCUUGAGUGUGAGGACCAGGACAGCGUUGGCCUGGUCCAUAUAGUGCACCGGAAGCACGACCCAAGGCGUUUGGUGUUUAUAGACAACAAAGGAUACUUCGACCGAGAUGAAGACAAUCUGGAUUUUAAACUUCUGCAGGGAAUAAAAGAGUUACCUGAGCAGGCGAUGAGCAUAUUGAGAAGCCAUCAUCUUCGGGAAAGACUCCUCCAGUCACUCUUCUUGGACCGGGUGUACUGGGAGAGCCAAGGAGGUCGGCAGGGAAUAGAGAAGCUCAUAGAUGUCAUUGAGAGGAGAGCCAAGGUUCUCCUCACAUAUACCAAUGCACACGGUAUUAAAAUUGUUCCAAUGAAUUCUUGACAUGUUGGAAAGCCCACAUCCAGCUAAUGUGUUUUUUGUUGCUUGUGAUGUAAAGCAACAUGUGGCCAAAUGUUCCUUGAAGCAAAAUCACGGAGAUGAUGUUUCAAGUCUUUCAGAUCAAUUCGAUGAGAUUACAACAAGAAUUAAAAUGUCAUGUUUA